GUCCAAGUUUUCGAUUUGUCAGCUGGGCCCAGUCUAACUUUAAAGGCCUCAACAGAGAAGGCCAUCUCAUUCUGUCCCACUGAAUUGGAACCCAACGACCAUGGCUGUUGUGAAACCCUCGUCGUUAUGGGCCUCGAUUCGACAAGUGUGGGCACGAGAACAAUGGAUUUGGCGAGAUCUCAUUCGUCGGUUUCUUUCUGUGCUCGGACUUGGUUUUGCUAAUUCAACGCUUUGGCUUCUUUUUGCCAUCGCCAUGCAAACGAUCGAGGCCAACUAUGAGGCCUCCUACAAAUGCGGAGUGAAAAGGGUGCAAAGGCAAUUUAUCGAAGCUCUGUGGAACGAAACAAAAACCUUGUCCGAGUCCGAUUGGAAAAGUUUGGCUCGACACCAUUUGAUGAACUUCGAGGAUCAACUCCACGAGGCUGUGGAGGCUGGAGUGCAUUCCUACUCGGGCCAAAAGGCAUGGACCAUUUCCAAUGCUCUUCUAUUCAGUUUCUCCGUGGCCAGCUCGGCAGGAUUUGGUGUCUUGGUCCCGUCGUCCCCGGUUGGCAUGGCACUUAUGCUAAUAGCCUCAUUUAUUCUCUGUCCCGUGUUCUUCGCCCUGCUCACCGAGAUUGUGGCUGUUCAUUUGACAUGUAUCAAGUGGCUGUCGUUCGUGAUCACAAAUUACCAUCAAGACCAAUUGCCGGUGGUAUCAUCCCAGGAAAAGGCGACAAGUUUGGCAUGGCUUCUCCCUAUCCAAGCAUUUGCUACAAGUGGGCAACGAGAUCCUCUGGAAACACAACUGGAUGAGAAUAACGACCCGAACCAACGUGAAGGCCUCUCCAAAGACCAUUUUGUAAAUGAAAUUAGAGUUCGCCGAGGGGAAGAAAUGUCACUCCUAAGAGAUAUCAGAAGGGUGCCAUUGGUUCUGCUGUUGGCAUUGCUGGGUCUUUACCUGAUUUGUGGUUCCUUCGUGUUGUGUGUGGCCACCCAAGUACAUCCGGGAUUAAGUAUCCUUCAACUUUGGAACACCAUUACUGCCAUAGGGUUCGCGGAGUAUUCGCCAUUGGAUUCCAGCGUUUUCCUGGUUCUUCAAUUGUGUUCAGUUGUCGGGGGAAUGGCCCUGUUCUCGAUUUAUGUGUCUAGAUGUCAGAAUAUGGUCUUGCAAGCUAAAGACGCGUGGUUGUUCAAGCACGCCCAUUGGAAGAGAUCUUGAAUUAAUGUGGAAAUGAUGAGUCAAUUGUCAAUUUAUUGAAUGUCAGAGGGAAAGGAUCAACAAACAGUACAUACU